AUGCGAACCCUCAGUGCUUUGUCUGCGGUACUGUUCAUAGCGCUCGCUAGAGCUGAUACCUGCACAUCUGUUGAGGCUCUUGGAACCAUCCAAGUUGCUCGUCCACUCACCUUGGCAUAUGCGAGCGAGCAGAAUGAGUACUGGUCUGAGACAUGCAGUCUGAUCAAGCCAUCAUGUAUCAUGUUCCCAAAGUCCGCAGAGGAGGUUGCCGCCAUCGUAAAAAUCCUCAAGGACACCGACGAGGACUUUGCCGUCAAGUCUGGCGGCCAUAACCCGAACAACUAUUUCUCAUCGGUUGAAAACGGACCCCUCAUAUCCACAGCGAAGCUCGACCAUGUUGAACUUGACCAACAGACGGGUGUCGCCAAAGUUGGACCCGGCAACAGGCUUGAUGGGAUAUCUGCUAAGCUUGACGGCACUGGCUGGACGUUUGUGGGCGGACGUAUCGGUAAUACUGGAGUUGGUGGUUUAAUCCUUGGAGGUGGUUUGUCCUAUAUGUCUGCACAAUAUGGCUGGUCAGCCUCUAGCGUGCUCGCCUACGAGGUAAUCUUGGCUGACGGCUCUAUUGUCACCGCCUCGGCGACGGAAAAUGAAGAUCUAUUCAAAGCUCUCAAGGGCGGUGGCAAUAACUUCGGUAUUGUGGCCUCCUAUCUGCUCCAAACCUACCGACAAGGUGAUAUAUACGGAGGCAAUCUGGUCUACGCGCGGACUGAGAAAACAGACAAGAAGCUACUCAAGGCUGUGCGCGACUUUACCGAAUAUAAUACCGAUGAUAAGGCUGCAGUCAUUGUCACAGCUGAGCGCACCAACAUAAAUUUGAUUGACUCAUGGAUUCUGUUCCUCUUCUAUGACGGUCCUAGCCCUCCACAGGGCAUCUUCCAAAAUUUCACCGACGCCAAUCCUAUACUUAAUACUCUCAGAACUCAGUCGUACGCCAGUCUUAUGGCAGGAAGCAACUGGGUCAUUGUCGAGGGCUCGACUGUUCAGAUUGCUACGGAGACUGUCCCUCUACCCUCCGAAGAGAACAGCGACAAGUUCUUUGACAGCAUCCAUGCCCACUGGCGUUCCAUGUCUCAAUCUGUCCUUGCCGUCCCUGGAAUCGUCGCAUCUAUUGCAUAUCAACCAUUUCCCAAGCGUAUUGCCCAGCAAGCCCUCCAGCGCAGCGACGAUCUCAUCGCGGCAGAGCCUGAUGCCGACAAGCUGAUCAUUGAGAUGAACUACAGUUUCCUCCCUGGGCCGUACGAUACCAUGGCAGACAUCAUGGAAGCGACAUAUACGGGUGUGCGCAACAGGGUUCUUGGAUGGCAGCGAGAUGGAACUUUAGCCAGCGGGGUGUACCUACCAUUAUUCAUGAACUACGGUUUUUACCGCCAGGAUUACUUUGGUAGACUGAAGCCAGAAAAUGCAGCUCUGGCGAAGAGGACGUCGCAAAAGUAUGACCCCCAGGGCUUGUUUCGUGAACGCACAGGAGGAUGGAAACCUUAA